AUGCAAACGCGCCGAGACAUAUGGAAAGCACUCUUCAAGAAAUUAGAAGCAGACCAAGAUAGGAGAUAUACCGUUGCUGAUCCUGGAGGCGAUGUCGUUAUUGCGGACCUUAUCGGUAGUGCAGGCCAAGCAGGUAAGCUUUUACAGCCUCAAACAGCGAUUGAGGACGAGACAAAGCUUCGCUUCUCUGCCAGUCCGAGUGAUGAGGACAAUAAGCUUCGUUUGAAUGGACGAAACAUCAGAAACACCCUGCUCAGCGCUAUCAGCGUCGCAACAAAAGAGGCAACGACAGACGGUAGGGUGAUCAAAGAGAUCAAGCUUACGAUUCACUAUGUAGAGACGGUCCUAAGCAACGGGAGACGUCUCAGAGAGGAUUUCAAGGCAGCCACAGAGUUCUAUCCAGAGGAACUAGCUAGAGAGGGAGACGUGCGAGGUGUGGAGGUCUAA